UUCAUCGAAGACCUGAACAACCCGAUUCGCUCGACAAACAACCGACGGCGGCCUUACAAUUGAAUUCGUCGCCGGUGCUUCGUUUCCUGCUAUGGAGUAAUAUAACCCUCCGGGAGAAAAUAAUACUUCGACUCAUUGAAUCAAGGAACUUUUUCGUUUUUCUUCAUUUUUUAGAUCCAAUGAAGUAACGUUGUUAACAUACACCUAGUUACUUUAGUUUAUUGGUUUUGAUUUGUUAGAAAUGGGGGUUAUCGAAGAUGGUUCGAUUUCAGGUGUCCUACCCAGUGGCGGAGAGGCAUUUGUAGUUCAUUACCCUGGUUAUCCUUCUUCUACUGAACGUGCAAUCGAGACUCUGGGAGGAAUGCAACAGAUUCUUAAGGUUCGUGCUGAGAAGUCGAACAAGUUAGAGCUGUAUUUUCGUCCUGAAGAUCCAUAUUCACAUCCAGCUUCUGGGGAACUUCAGACAUGCACCAAAUUCCUGUUGAAAAUUUCCAAAAAGAAAGUUAAUGAUAUGAAAAAUGUGAUUGACCGUUCUGGACAUGCAUCAGCAAAUCCGCUUCAUCUUAAUGAGGAUAUUUUAAUUUCUCAAUCGACUGAAACUACAGAAAAUAUCGUCAAGCCCAACUGUGAAUAUGUGUUGCCUUCAUCAGAAGCCAAACCACAGAUAAACAAUGGACCUCAAGAGCAGCUUUCUGCUGAUAUCGUUGCAAGGGUAUCCGAGGAAUAUCACUUCAAUGGAAUGGUGGAUUAUCAGCAUGUUCUUGCUGUUCAUGCUGAUGCAACUCGAAGAAAGAAAAGAAACUUGGCUGCUAUAGAACCUGAAUCAGAAAAUGCUGAUCCAGUGAAUGUUGAUCAGGACGAUUUAAUGAUUUUAGUCCCACCACUCUUUUCAUUGAAGGUUCGUCCACAAAAAAUAAUAUUAAAACCAUCUGGAGAUCUGAGUUUGAAAAAGAAACAAGACACAGUUGUCCAGAAGCGUUCAGAGUUGGAGAUAGACCAGUGUCUUGCCAUUGACUUCAACAUCAAAGAGAUUCCUAAGAAAGUAGAUUGGGAAAAAUCCAUAGCCAGAGAGUCAGAUCUAUGGCAAUGGCAGACAAUUGUGUGUGAAUUGUUUGAAGAACGGCCAGUAUGGGUGAAAUAUUCGUUAGCUGAACAGUUACUUGACCGAGGCGUGAAUGUCGCAGACAGAGUUCUCAAAAGACUUCUUUUUCUGGCAGCAUAUUAUUUCUCAAAUGGGCCAUUCAUGCGGUUCUGGAUAAGAAAAGGAUAUGAUCCCCGCAAGGAUCCUGAAUCUCGCAUAUACCAGAGGACAGACUUUCGAGUACCACCUCCGAUAAGAAGCUAUUGUGAUACCAACCUGGUGUCCGGAUCGAAGUGCAGGUGGAAGGAUAUUUGUGAAUUCCGAGUUUUUCCUCGUAAAGCUCAACUUUCAUUGCAACUCUUUGAACUCAGUGAUGACUAUAUUCAACAAGAAAUCCGAAAACCUGCCAGUCAUGAAAAUUGCAGUCUGCAAACAGGUUGGUUCGCAUCACAGAUGCUUGACAUCUUGCGAUUACGUGUUGCUCAGAGGUUUCUGUCAGUAUAUCCUGAGGGUGGUGCACAAUCAUUGUUGAGAUCUGUUACUAAUCGGUUUGAGAAAUUGAAGAUAUUGCAUCUUACUAUGAAGGAUAAGAAGGCGAAACAAGCUGAUAAAGAAGUUUUAGAAACUGAAGAUAAAGAAACUAAUGAUGAAGCUGAAGUUGAAGUUGAAGUUGAAGAUGAAGAAGAUGAGGAAGAUGAAAUGGAAGAUGAAAAUCUUGGUGAGGAUGUGGAUAUAGAUGAGGCGCUCGAUAUGGUUGAUCUAGAGAGGGACUUCUCCCUACCAGAUACAUAUAUAGAAAAUGAUAAUAUCUCAAAGGACUAUCUGCAAGAUCUUUUUGGCAGUUUUCCCUUUGGUUCUGCUGGGGCCAAUGAAAUGCAGGACGACCCCUAUGAUGAAGAAUAUCAGAUUUAUGAUCAAGAUAGUGAUGACGACUUCUCCAAUAACGAGGAUUAGUUAAUUAUCGAAUGAGAUGGGGCUUCUUAUGGGCUUUUUACUCAUCUAAAAAAUGAUGGCGGUCAGCGGGUUAUGGCUCACCGAGACGGAGCGAAACCACCCUACUUCUUUAGGUUAGAUAUAGCAGUUGUAGAUCAAGUAGGUAUACUUUAUUUAUCUUCGAAUGUAAAUGAGGUUGUUUCAGUGAUUUGUGUCUUGCUAUCAACUUAUAUACUAUUCGACACGUUCUUUCACAAGACACUAGAGUAAAUGGGUGAGGAAUACCAUUUUUGGGUGAUUGAUAAAAGGUAAAUCAUGCUUAGGUGUUCUUGUACUUAUGAUUUAAUGUUUCAAUUACAUUUUUUUUCAUUUUA